AUGCUAAAUAGUGGGGAGAAAAUGUUUAUGGCUCUGGCAACUGUUGAAUUUCUAUUGGGCAUUCUGGUAAAUGGAUUCAUAGUGCUGGUGAAUUGCAUUGACUGGGUCAAGAGCAAGAAACUGCCAUCAAAUGAUCUCAUCCUGGUCAGCAUGGCCAUCUCCAGAAUUGGAUUGUCAUGUGCAAUAAUAUGGAACAUCUAUUUAAUUUUAAUCUCUUUUAAUGCACCCACUCAAGUAAGAAUAAUUGACAUCUUCUUGGUACUGAGUCACAAUUCAAAUAUUUGGUUUGCAACUAUGCUCAGCAUCUUCUACUUCCUGAAGAUCACCAAUUUCUCUAAUCCCCUUUUCCUCUGGAUGAAAUGGAGAAUUGACAGAAGGCUCUUCAUACUUCUUAUAGUGCCCUUUAUUAUGUCUUUGCCCAUUAUCUUUCCAGUGAUGGAAAGAAUGCGUUAUUAUUAUGGCAGCAUCCUUACUAGAGGAAAGGAGAGAAAUGUGACCCAGGAGGUCCAAGUGAGUAAAAACAAGCUUAUUAUGCUCCAGGUUCUCUUUGGCCUUCUGAGUUUUAUUCCCUUUACUCUGUCUACAAUCUCCUUCUGCCUAUUAAUUUUCUCCCUGUGGAGGCAUACUCGACAGAUGCAACAGAAUGCCACAGGUUCCAGAGACCCUAGCACAGAAGCCCAUGUUCGAGCCAUGAAAGCUGUGUCUUCCUUCCUCAUCUUCUUUUUAUUGUACCAUAUGGGUUUCUUUGUCAACUACUGGAGCCAUUCAGAGGCAAAGAGUAAGCUGGCUUCCAAGUUGGGUAUGUCAAUCAUGUUGCUCUAUCCCUUUGGCCACUCACUGAUCCUGAUUCUGUGGAAUAGCAAGCUGAGGCAGGCAUCCCUCUGGGUGUGGCAGCAAGCCCUGUUCUGCCUCAGAAGAGGAAAACCUUAG